AUAAAAUCUGUCUUUUUAAUAUGCUUGUAUGUAUAUGUCAGUAUUGUAUCAUUUUAAGUGGCUAAACUUGAUAUUGUAUGCCCUUGUCACUAGCAGCAAUCUUCAGUGUCAGACAGUUAUCUCUACCUUCAUUCCAAAGAUGUGUUCGAGUAUAGGAUCACAAAUGUGUCUAGAUUUUUGGUUAAAUUUGUGAUGUAAUUUUCAUCCUCUAACAGGUGUUAAUGUGUGUGUGUGUGUGUGUGUGUGAUUGUACUUAAGUCAUUAAGGUCCAUUUGUGAAAUUUUUAAAUUCCUUUGGUUCAUAUUUGUUCUCUUAGAUUGCCAGAUCACAAAUUUUAAGAAAUGUUUUAAAUUAAUCAAAACAUAUGGCUAAAAAAUUAGUUGUAUCACUCUAUCAUGUUAAAUUCAAUCUUUUGGUGUCACAGGACUUCAGCUUUUUAACAAAACAAUAAAAAAAUCUUUAUUUGAUUCAAAUCACAUGUAAUAAAAAAAUCAAAUGGGCACUGUAUAAUUAAUUAAUUAAUAAAUAGGUAGAUCAUAGAUCAUUUGAGAUAUAACUAUUCAUCACUUUAAACUAAUCAGAACAAGGUCUAGGGUAUUUUUCCUUAUCAUACUAAAUUUAGCUGUUGGACAUGAACCAAGUGAGCAAAAUUUCACCUGCUUUUGCUGUAGCCUGAUGACCACUCACAUUUCAAAAUGACAUAAAUAUUUAUUUGUUGAAACUGGAGCAUGUUUUUUUCUUUUGUUCUGUUUUGGGGUAGGGGAUGGUGAAUUGAAGGGAAAGUCUAUUUUUUUCUAAAUUUCUGUAUAAUGCAGUCACUGAGAUACACAUUCAUUCAGAGUGGCUUAAUGUGACAUGGUUCAUUGUAGAGACACAUACAGGCUCAGAUCUUUUUACCAUGGUGGUGAUAGGAACCAGAGGUUGCUUUGUCUACAGCACAAAUAUAUCCAUUUGAUUUACUGUCCAAAAUGAUCAGCAAACCCACAUGUGCCUUUGUAGUUUUUGUAAUGUUGAUUAUGGUGGGAAUCACUAUGAAGGGAUAUAGAUUGUCUCUCAAAAUCAAAUUUGCUUAUUUUCAAUGUAGAAUAUUUUUUUCUGAGAAAUAUAUUUCUUACACCUAGUAGUAUUAGGUUAUUUAGGGCUUUUCUUUUAUUUAUGUUUCCUUUUUAAUGUUUGUGUAAUUCUGAAAAACAAUUUUUGUUUUUCAUAUAUUUCUAAAUUAUUAUCUCAGUCAUGGGAACUAUUUUGCCUUAUAACACCCUGCAUGUACUGAUCCACCCUGAAUAGAUCUUAAAAAUACAUUUAGGCUAAAUACUUCCAUCAAAACUUCCAUCAUAGAACAGCAUCUCAGGCAUCAGGCAGCAAAUCUGUAAACACUUCAUAUAAAAGCUUUCUGUGAUGUAGAUUAUAGAGGCAUUAAACACUUUGGACGUGUGGUUCAUAUCACCACCACUGUGAACAAUUCUGACUUGGUGAGUUUCUCUGGAGUGGAGCAUUUCACAUCAAACCACUGAAUGACUUUGAUUACAUCUUAAAGAUUCAAUUGCGCAGAAAUUUUGAAAGAUCUGUGGCCCUUUUAAGGCCAAGUGAAAGGUUAUAUUAUGCAGUGUGGGUUCUUUGUAGUACUAAUUUGCUUAGGCGAUAUAAGUAACAUUUUUUUUUGUUCUGUAUAGAGAGGUGUGUCUGGGACAAAGGCGUGCCAAUGUGUGAUGUAAUGUGUGCAGUUAAUAAUAUAUAGCUUACCUCUGAAGUAGCUGCUUAUUUGCUGAGGAUUUUAAUUGAAACUUUGAAAUAUGACAUGCUGGUUACAUUUGUUAUCCAGUUUCUUUGGCCACCAAAUAUUUAACAUUAAUCAAGUGUUCUCUCAGCAUUAUGCACAUUUGCAUGACAAAUUGAAUAAAAUACACAUUUACACACUGGGUGUAGUCUCAGACUUAAAAGGAUUUUCAACUGAGACAACUUGUUCCAAUAUUGAGCUUAAUUUGCAUAUAGAAAAGCAGCAUGUUUACACUGAUAGUGUUGACAAGAAAAAAUGAGGAGAGCUGCGAAUAUGAAGAAUUUGCAGUAUUGUGAUUUUAUUUUUCUAAGAAAUACUGUCAAAAUUUCUGAAGUUUUCCACUGUGCCUUCAACAAAGGAGCUGUAUAAUUACCAUGCUGACAGUUGUUUCCCCUUACCACACCCAGUCUCUGCGAGAGCAAACAGUUGGCUGUUCUGGUACACCCAUCUUGUUCUUCCAGAACCAGUCUUAUUAAUGCUGUCAGGUUAAAACCCUCACAUAAACUCUUGAAGUUUCAGGGAGAGGCAGCUUGUGUUGUUAGGCGUUCAUUUAUAUACAGUGCUACACCUUCAGAAGCUCUUUUUACACUGCUUUGAAAGACCAAAGACCAGCUAGACUUACUUAACCUGCUAAAAAAAUACCCAAACGACAAUGGAACGACAGAUGGACUACUGUGCUCUUAUGCAUGGGCUUCAAGAGCUUGAUUUCCAAGGCAAAGCAGUGCCAAGUGAUCUUGUGCUAAUAGGUGACCACGCCUUUCCACUCUCUAUGAAUCCAAGAGGCCAGGUCCUAAUAGCUGCAUCACGCUACGGCCAGGGACGUAUAGUGGUGUUGGGACAUGAGGAGUACAUAACACGUUUCCCAGUCCUGAUAGAGAAUGCUUUGGCUUGGCUCAUGCCCUCAUGUGGUGAAAGGACCACAGUAGGCAUUCAGAAGAGUCUUCAUUCACUUGCCACCAACCUAUGCUAUACAUCUAUGAACACCAAAGUGGACGACUUCCAGGGUGAUUUUGCAGUCUAUAUCUCUGAUGCCUACAGUGUGGACGCAUGUGCUAAAGACUUAGUGGCCUUUCUUAAAACUGGGGGAGGCUUGCUGAUCGCUGGCCAGGCCUGGAGCUGGGCUGCAGCCCACCCUGAGGAGAAUGCAUUACUCAGCUUCCCUGGGAAUAAGGUGUGCAGCGUGGCAGGAAUCUACUUCUCGGAACAUCAAGGGGAACUUGGCAAAUUUCCUGUGCCCAUGCAAAUUCCCUCUAGCUGGCUAGCAGUGUCAAUAGGCAAGGACUUCAAAGAGGACCUACAAUUCUUGCUAGAAGGUGUUUCUGAGUUUGACAUUCAAGGUGGGGCUUUAGCAUCUGAGGUGAUGGCACAUGGACCAUUGGCGUUUCCUAUUGGAGUCACCUCUGAUGGUAGGGCGUUCAUUGCAGGGGCCUACUAUGGACAGGGAAGAGUAAUUGUGGUCACUCAUGAAGGCUAUAUGGGUCGUGAAUCACUGUCCAGUUUCAUGAUCAAUGCUAUCCGCUGGCUUGACGAAGGGCGCAAUGGGGUUAUUGGUGUUUCGCACAACCUUGGAGGGGCCCAUCAGAUUCUGAGCAGGUCAGGGCUGGACUGCCAGUUCACUGGCUUAAGGGAAGACCUAAGUGUCUUUGUCUGUACAUCCUACAGUGAUGCUCAAAGUCAGGAGAUCCAGGAAUUUGUUGCUGAAGGUGGAGGUCUUUUGAUAGGAGGUCAUGCUUGGUAUUGGGCCCAGUGCAAUCCUAACCGCAAUGUGAUGACAGAUUGCCCUGGAAAUCGUAUCCUCAAUAAGAUGGGCCUGUGUCUGAUGGGUCGAACCGUGAAGUCUGGGGUGUAUAAAGCCCAACAGGUGACAGAAGUGGGGAACUCCACACAGGCAUACCACUUCCGUGACUUGCUUCAGCGCUUUGCUGGACAUGUGACCCAGGGCCAUGAUCUGACAGAGCAUGACCAUGGGUGUAUGGAAAAGCUCAGACAUGACUGUGAAAAUUACCUCCGAAUGCAGGCUCAUGACUGUGCUUCCUACACUUCAGUGGUAGCACUCCUCACUGACUUGAUAAAAGAGGCUGGAGUUCCACAGGUGUGUCAUACAUGUCCUAUUAAUAGUGCCAAGGAUAAACUUCUGCUUCAUGUGGGGACUGAAGUGUACAAGGUUUGCCAAGACCCUGAUGCACUUCUGCCAUUCCUCAUCACAGAUAUACCCAGCCUUCCCACUGUGUCCAACGCAAGGGUCCACAUCAGCGCAAACACAGCUGAUUGUGAAGAAUGGAUAAGCACGGGUCUGUAUCUUUCUCAUGGAAUGAGGACCUACAUUGCAGUACCUGCAGAGCUCAUUGGCAAAGGUUGGCAGCUGCAGAUUGGCUGUCAGACAGAUUACUUAGGCAAUGCAGAUGUCCUGAAACGGGCUCCUGUGGUCCACGAACGGUUUGCUUUGGACAAAGAGAUGCCGCAGGUGUGGAAUCUGUGGGGAGGACUCAUAUACCUGAUCGCUCCACCCAACAGCAAAGUGGAUGGGGUGGAGGUUGUGAUACAGACAGCCAUAAAAGCACCAUACUACAAAUCUGGAGAGACCAGUGUAGCCAGCUGGGUGAAUGAAAUCCGUAACGCACCAGCGCCUUGGGCUGAGCUGGAGUUUGAGAAUCUCAUUAUCAGCUUACACUCGGAGGGGAUACGGCAGCUGGAUCGCCCUGACGAGGUGGCCAAUUUGUGGGAUUCCAUCAUGAGGGGCAUUGCUGACCUGGCCGCAAGGCCUGCAAAGUUUCCACGCAAGGAACGUUUUGUGGCUGAUGUUCAGAUCUCUCAUGGCUUCAUGCAUGCUGGCUACCCCAUUAUGAUCCCCUCCAGCUGUGGUCCAGAGCUGCUGAACCCUGAUUCAGCCCGUAAGCAUGGUCUUUGGGGUGCCAUCCACGAAUUAGGCCACAACCAGCAGCGCUCUGUCUGGGAGUUCCCUCCACACACCACUGAGUGCACCUGUAACCUGUGGUCUGUGUAUGUGCAUGAGGAGGUGCUGGGUGUGAACAGAGCAACUGCUCAUGAGAACAUGAGGCCAGAAAGACGGCAGAGUCGAGCUCAGAGUUACGCCACGGCAGGCAGAAAUCUGGAGCACUGGAGUAUGUGGACGGCACUGGAGACUUACAUGCAGCUGCAAGACACGUUUGGCUGGGAUGCCUUUAAGCAAGUAUUUGCUGCUUACCACAACAUAAAUAAUGUGCCAGGUGAUAACAACGGCAAGAUGAACCUGUACGCUGAAACAUUCUCCAAGGUGGUAAACAGGAACCUGGCCCCGUUCUUCAAAGCCUGGGGUUGGCCCAUCCAGCCUGGCACAGAAGAGACACUCUCCAGUCUGCCUGAGUGGAGUGACCAUCCAAUGGCCCAGUAUGGAUGUUAGUGUAAUAUGCUUGCUUGUGUAUUGGGCAGAAAAAUGGUCAUAAUUUAAAGCUGGCCUGGUGGUUUUACCAGCACCAUUUAUGUUCAGGGCUCACUUUCCCAAAAGCAUCUUAGUGUUAUGAUCAUAUUAACUGGCAGAGAGUGUUAAGUGUGAUGUCUGCUCUACCAUUUAAGUGUGAUCUUAGUGCCAAGAUGCCAGUUAAGUUUUUUUUAAGUUAAUGAUAAACUGGAUUAAUGCAACAAAUUCAUAGGUGGAUGGAAUAUUUAUUUAUACUUAUUUUAUUGAUAUGAAGGGUAAAUUAGAUUAGUAUUAUAUGGUAUUAUAUGACAUUAUAAGUGGUAUGUAUGGUAUUAUAUGGCAUCACAUAGGUUGAUACUUUAAACUUUUCUCUUUUUUUCUUGGGGGUUUCAAGUGCCUUUAUACUAAACACUAACUUGACUUUGCAAAUUCUGAACAGUACAAUACGCAAUAUUGUAACUCAUGUUAUACAAUAGCUUUGUACAAGAUGAUGAGAAAAAAUGUGUCUAAUUUUACUCACAUUGUUUACAAAUAAACGGUGUGUAUGAACUCUUCA